CUCUUCCAUUCAUUAAUGACAGCAUCCCUAUCAUUUACUUCGGGUCUCCGCAACCAGCCUUGUCAUUCCUACUCGUCCAUCUCGCAAGAUGUCCAGCACGCGAACUGGUAACCUUGCGUCGAACUCCUCUUCUUCAACCCUUCCGCUCUCCGACUUCAACCACAAGGAGAUAGCUGAACGCGACAUGCACUCAGCGCGCCUCAUAGAUGAGGACGACGACCUCACAAUACGUCCUAGACGAAAGCCACCACCCAAAGCCCCAAAACAACGCGUUAUCUCACACACAAUCACAUCCUGCCUAUCCAGAUUCGAUAGUCCUGGAGAGGUGGUCUCGGUCACAAUAAACAGCUCGCCGGAGGCGUCUUUCACACUGCACAAACCCUUCCGCAGCCAUUCAUCAUUAGAAAACAUAUCCGAAGCAUUAGACGACUUACUAGACGCGGCGGAAUUCUUCGAAAUCAUCGUCAACCCACAGACGAACAGCUACAAAGACGUACUUCCUUUCCUCAUCACAAGACGAACCAGAUUCUUCAAGAAACGUCUGCGGGUCGUAUCAACUGCGUUGGGAGCUAUUAACGGCGAAUGGGGUACCCUAGAUAUUCCCCUUUCGAUCCACGAGGAGUUUUCGAGCUUUAGCGGUACCGCGUACGCGCGGUUCGGUGCGCUUGCGCCUGUAGAUGUGCUCAUCAAGCUUUCUGCCGAGAUUCAGAUGUGCGCACGCGUUAAUAUGGACACGGUGCCAAUGGGGCGGCUUGUACAGAUUUUUGACCGCAUGUUCGAGGAUUGUCAUCUGCUUUUGCGGUCGCGCACGGUUGCGAAGGCGCCGCCGAGGUCAGGGGUUGCUGCUGCGAAGGCAGCUAUGGAGAGGUUUAUACCGCUUUCGGGCGGCGUGGACUAUCUUAUAAAGUAUUGUCGGUACACUUUUCCUGGUCGAGAGGUUCGUUAUCAGUGGGCUAAUAGGGGUCAUUGACAUUAGGUUGGAGUGGAUAAAACAAGUCUGUAGCAAUAGCAUGGAAAGCUUUAUCUGUCAACAUAAUAAUUCUUGUAGCAUACAUUGUAGCAACCCAGCGGUGUAACAUCAAAAAAUUCAAGCCGUC